UCCCUGCAGCGCUGCCCGGACAUCUGGUGCCGGGGGUGCCGGGGCCACCGAGCCUUCCCUUGCUCUGACGCCCUCGUAUACGGCCCGAAAGGUGAGCGGGUGCCUCGCCGAGUCCAUCGCGGGCAGGGUGCUUAUAGGAGUUGUGCCUUAAUGCUUUUCUGAAGAACACAGCUGCCAAAUAAAUAGCUAGAUGACUUUUAAGUUGUGUAUGCGGGAGGUCUCAAUACAAGAAGUUCUGGUACCUUAGGUUUUUCUGGUAUCAGUAAUGUACGGUGCUAAAGGGAGGACGGGACCAGGGCACGUCUGUGCAUAUUUAUGCAUGAGAGACACUAGGCAAUUUGAGUUGUGGUUCAGAUUGCCAAUGCAAUUACUUUCUGGUAAGGGUAACUGUUGCAAGAGCUUACAGACAGUUCUUGGUAGUUUUGCUAGUUACAUAUACAUGAAUGUAGUUACCAGAAUUGUGAAUUUCCAUUGUUUGCUGGUGCCCGCUGUUACCUGUGUCUUUGUUUCCUAUCUGACACAUCUCUCGUUUACUAACUGGCCACUGGCAGAGGGACAGAGACCUUCUAGCAGGGCAGGACCAAGCGUGACAGAUGCGAGGUACAUCUGUGCACCUACAGCAGCAGCAACAGCAUCUUAAAAUGUUAAGGCCUGGGAAGUGAGCAGAAGUCCAGCCAAGGAAACAGGAGAGAUGUUUUUUCUCUCCAAAGCAUACAGAAACCAUUGGAUAAUAAUUUAGAAAACACAAGUGCAAGGGAGAAGUAAGUAGAUGUUGUGGUCUUACUUUUCUGCUUGGACUUAGGAACUUUGAGUGAAGUCCUUUCCACUGAUGAGCUUAUUAACUUUAAAUUAAAUGGAGCUGCAAUUUCAAAACUGUUCUGGAACACAAACCGAGAGUGACCAGUUUGUGCUAUUCUCAUGCAAACAACAAUCCCAAGGGGAUGGUUUUCUUCAUUACUUGAACACAUUACGACUGUACAAUAAAAACUGAAAUAAGUAACAUUCGAAACAGAAACCUAAGAUGGAUCAUUCGGGUUUGGGUUUUUUUUCUAUUCCUGCAGUAAUUCUAAGGCAUACAUUCUUAGAUGUCAUGUUCAUUUUUUAAAUUUCUGCUUACUUAUAUUAUUCACAGUGCUACUGAAUUUUACAGUUGUCCUGCAUAACUGGGUUUUGUAGACAUGGUCUCCUACCUCCACUUUUAAAAUAACUAAUUGUUUUAGAAUAUACUUUAUAUACAUUUUCAGGAAAGAGAAGAUGCAGCAUAUGCAGAUAUUGUUCCCAGUUGAAUUAUUGUGUCAGAGAAUUAAAGGAAGUAUAACUGAAAUUGUCUCCUAUUACUAAGGUAUUGCUGAAAUCCUAAUGAACCGACCGCACGCGAGAAAUUCAUUGGGAAAAGUAUUUGUAAAUGAACUGUUCAGCGCUCUGGAACAACUCCGCUCUGAUGAGAAGGUUCGCGUGGUGGUGUUCAAGAGUGAAGUGAAAGGUGUAUUUUGUGCUGGUGCAGAUUUAAAGGAACGUGCAAAGAUGGAUGAUGCAGAAGUUGGACACUUUGUUAAAAGGCUGAGAAAUCUCAUGGAUGAAAUAGCUGCCCUGCCUGUACCCACAAUUGCUGCAAUAGAUGGCUACGCAUUGGGUGGUGGACUAGAACUGGCAUUAGCUUGUGACCUUCGAGUAGCAGCUUCGUCAGCUAAAAUGGGCCUUAUUGAGACCACAAGAGGGCUUCUUCCUGGAGCAGGUGGAACACAGCGCCUGCCCAGAUGUGUUGGAAUAGGUCUCGCAAAGGAACUCAUUUUCACUGGUAGACAGAUUGAUGGACAACAAGCCUUCUCAAUGGGAUUAGUAAAUCACACAGUGCCACAAAACAAUGAGGGAGAUGCAGCUUACCAGAGAGCAUUAACUUUGGCUAAAGAAAUCCUUCCUCAGGCUCCAUUUGCUGUGAAAAUGGGAAAACUGGCAAUAAACAGAGGAAUGGAGGUCGAUAUUGCAUCAGGGAUGGCUAUUGAGGGGAUGUGUUAUGCCCAGGUAAAGGAGGACUGAAGAGGACCCACUGAUUUUGGGGGAUUAUUUUUAUGACUGCAUUCUGUGUACUUAGCUCCUUGCCUUGGACUACAUUUCUGAAUACUCCACUGGAUCAUUUUGCUGUAAGAAUUCCCAAAUAAAGAUUUAACUUUUUACAGCUGAUCUUUUAAAAGUGCAUACAUCUUGAGUCAGCUGUUAUGGCUCUCAGAUGUCAAGUAAGGAGUACGGAGAAGCUUUGGCUCACUGUAAGCAAAUUAAAAAAAAACCAAAACCACAACAAAAAAAA